AGCACGUUCCUUAUCUUCUUUUCCUUCCUCCUAUAACGCAAAUUAUUAGCAAUGGGAGAACCCAUUUACUACGGGUUGUUGUUGUUGUUGUUGUUCCUCUUUCUUCUACAUUCAUCAUUAAUAAUUGCGUCAAACUCGAAAGGGAACGAUCCAAUUCCCGCUGAUUGGCCUCACCAGUUCCACUCAGUGCUCUUCAUCAACCGAAGCGGUUCUCUUCAGAAGACUGAUCUAUGGUACGAUUGGCCCAAUGGCCGCAACUUCAACAUCAUCCAACAUCAACUGGGAGUCCUCAAAUACGACCUCGAAUGGAACAAUGGCACCUCCUUCAUCUACACUCUCCCUCCCUUCAAUGAAACCUGCAAGAUCCUUCACUUCGACGUUGGUAUUCUCCGCCCUAACUGGCUCGACGGUGCUAAUUACUUGGGUCAGGACUAUGUUGACAAUUUCCUCUGUAAUGUUUGGGAAAAAGUUGACUUUAUCUGGUACUACGAGGAUGUCGGCACUCGAAGACCCGUCAAGUGGAUCUUCUUCUCCGGGAUGGUUGCUCAUGUGAUGACAUUUGAGGUUGGAGCGGUGCUUGAGGAUGAAAACUGGCAGGCUCCUGUUUACUGUUUUGUUGAGGACGAGACACAGAACAAAAGUAGUAGUGCCCUCUUGGAUUCAGAAGCUGCUGUUCUCAGUGGGUUUCAUGAUAUGUUGACGAGAGAGUUACCCCAUCCUGCGUAUGCUAAGUAAUUGUGAGAAUGGCGAAAGCACUUUAUUAAAUAUAUCGAAUAAUUUAUGUCAUUUGUUUUGUGAUGGGAUGCUUGUUAAUUGAUUUGUUGGAUGAAUACCCGUUUAUAAAUCAGUAC